AUGGAUUUGGAAACGGAGAAUAAAAUAGCUGCUAUUCUUUUGAAAGAGGCAGCUGAGCUGCGACGACAAGCUGAGAAGGAGGGUGUGCAUGCUUAUAUUCAUCAGCCCACGGUUAGGGGUCGCCCCAAUUCACGUUUCUUGACUGCAACUGUUCUUGGAGUACAUCAAGCAAAUCGUGCUGUUGAAGUAAAUGAGAUGUGGCGAUUAAGGCAGAAAGAGAUAGAGCUGGAUAAUAGGCUCAGAGGAACAAGAAAUGAAAGUAGCAAGGGAAGAAGUGGCAGCGAUGUUUCUAACACUUCCAGGAGUACAAGUAGGGAAUACUACGACUAUGAGUCACAUACAAGUGCUUCAUGUUCGUCAAAGAAAAGAGUUACCCGGGAGAGUCAUCCAACCGAGGAUGAUGGUCUAAGGGACAAUGAGAUGGAGGAAUUUCUACAUGCAAGGAUCAAGCGAGGCAGGGGUGCUGUUGGAUCAAGGAUGGAUGAAACUGGUCCAUACCUUCCUUCAAGUCCAAAUUCCAAGCAAAAACAAUCAGGGUGCCCCGACGAAGAGCUUAGAGAAAAACGUAUUUUGGUAGGCCCCGAAAAGCCUUUUUCACUGAAGUCAGAAGACGAAUCUGCUCAAGAUAAGAAAAAGAAGGCAAAGAUGCUAGGCUCAAGCAAACGUCACUCUAAGAAAUAUAAAUCCAAAGAAAAGUCGAAGGAUAAGAAGAGAAAGAGGAGGGAGGAAAAAAAGAGCAAACAUCACAAAUGA